GUGUCAUCGUCUGCUGACUGUCAUCUGUCAUAUGUCUCCUGAUCUGUCCUGAUGCACCGUCACCCGCUUUCAUUCCCAGGGUUAUUAUUUUUCCUUGUACUGUACGAUGAUAACUAGGAUUUUAUGCUUAUCCAGAACUUGGAAUAAAUGAUAACGGGUGGUCUUUGAUCAGCUCCGACGAUAUCUUGGUGUAAAUGCACAAAUGCACGCUAGUUCUGGCUGUUGAGCUCAUUUUAAGACGAGACCUUGGUCAACUCCAGUAGCACCCAGUGGCAUUUAGCACAUAUAGGUAACACAUUUUCGGAUCAUUAAAUGCGGACGACAAUAUGGCAACCAGUGGUCUUGUUGCAAGCCCUUAUCCAUCUGGCUUUCGGUACACCGUUGAUAACUCUCUUCUCUCCCCUGACCAGCGAAAGUUUUAUGAUGAAAACGGAUUCAUUGUCAUUCCCAAGCUUAUUGGUGAUGAUCUUCUUGAUGAGUGCAGGAAGAGAUUUGUCGAUAUUUGUGAAGGGAAAGUUGAUAGAGGUCUCAUGACUCUGAUGAAAGAUGUAUCACUUUCCAAAACUGGUGCUAAAGGUGAAUAUCUUUUCAACAAAGUUCAAGACAUUGUGUGGGAAGAUGUCUUCUCGAAGUAUAUUCUUCAUCCGAAGCUUUUAGACUAUGUGGAAUGCUUCACUGGUCCAUAUAUUACUGCUAUUCACUCUAUGCUUAUCAACAAGCCACCAGAUUCCGGAAAGAUGACGUCAACUCAUCCGCUUCAUCAGGAUUUGCAUUAUUUUCCUUUUCGCCCAGCUGACCGUAUUGUUGCUGCAUGGACAGCUAUGGAAGAAGUGACAGAGCAAAAUGGUUGCUUGUUUGUGUUGCCUGGAACACAUAAGGGUAGUCUCCAGAAGCAUGACUAUCCAAAUUGGGAGGGAGGUGUUAAUAAAGCAUAUCAUGGUGUGCUAGGUCAUGAUGAUUUUCCCAAAGUAAUGUUGCCUAUGCACAAAGGGGACACUGUGUUUUUCCAUCCUCUUCUGAUCCAUGGCUCUGGUCCUAAUUUGACAAAGGGAUUUCGUAAGGCUAUUUCUUGUCACUAUGCAUCAUCCAAUUGUUAUUUCAUUGAUGUAAAGGGCACCACCCAGGAAAAUAUUGCCCAAGAGAUUGAGGAAAUAUCCAAACGAAGAGGAUUUGAGCUGAACUAUCAGAGUAUCUGGCAGAGUCGCAGCCGCUUAAUUCGUGGCCCAGAGAGGUCAUUUCAACUGUCUAAAUUGUAGGUAAUGCUCUAUGCAUGAACACUAUUAGUGUAAGGAGAUGUUAUAUUUGAGUUAUUUUUUGUGUAUUCUUGCCAUUAUUGAUAUUGUUGAUGCAGCACAGGCUCGGUUUCAUGGGGGGGGAUCCUCCAAGUUCAGUUUUGAAAUGGUUGACGUCAAAUUAGUUUAUAUUUGGCUUUCAGUGGGGCCCCUGAAACUGGAAGGUAGGCAAUUUGUGCUACAAACUCCCUUAAUGUAGGCAACCGACAGGGCAUUGCUCGCUCUGUCAGUUAGUUAAACCACACCCGGUGCAGAAGAUUUCCAGACAAUGUUUGUAUAAUACUUACUGCAAGCUAGUUUAAUGUCACAUGCAUUUUUCUGUUAUGGAACUUUUUUGUAUUUCUAGUGGAAUUGGGACCAUUCCUUCCCUCUGUGAUAUUGUUAAUACUUAGAUGAAAAAGCUAAUACUCCAUUUUAUUAUAGUCUAAUCCAAUUGGUGGUUUGAGAACAUGUAUUAAUUGAAGGUGGUUGUAAAUAAAUAUCCUUAUAAUUGUCA